AACCAAAAUUGUAAAAUUCAAAAUUUCCAAGUUCACUUCUGCGAAGACAAUUAAAAUUCCAUUUAUAUUAAUGAUCGUAUAUCGAUCUCCAGAUUAAUCUGAUCAUUUAUUCGCCCUCGUUUCAACAAAUGGAUAAUUCGAAUCGCAAGUUUCGAUUUAAACGAAAUAAUUCGAAUCGGCAUACACGCGUGAGAAAUUUAAUUCGUUCCGAAGUCGGGGAGCAUCGUUUCGAAAUGUUUAUUUAGAUGGAUAGAGUCGUUCGAUUUUUAUUAGGGGGGAAAAAAGAAAAUCGUUGAAAGGAUUGGCGUAAUUGAUUCGAUAUGCAAAGAAAUUCGAACGCGUUUUUUUCCCCCUUCUCUUCUUUUUAUUCCCUUUUCGCCUCGUAACAAACGAUCGCAACGCGUUGUUUCGAAUUGGAUCGAUCGUAGCUGCCCAUUACUCAACAUUGGUAAUCCAUUAAGGAAAACUUGGACGAUCGACGGUGAUUGUGACGAAAAAGGAGAGGAAAAAGUGGAUGAUAAAAAUAAGUUUCAGGUCGGCGAGUGAAGCAACGCAGAUAUGCCUGUGGGUGGACGGGUCGCAGGGAAAGUUGGGAUUUACAGCUCCCAUUAUAAUGGGAAAGGCUACAGUGGUAUUAACGAAGAGAUCAUGUGGAUCAGCAUCGGAAUGGGUAUCACGAUCGCUGUACUGAUCACCAUCGCGCUGUGCUACAUCGCCCGCGAGAAAUGCCGGAAGCGGCACGAGGGCUACUACGCCUCCUGACGAACACUUCCGCCACCCUCGUGGGCGUCGUGGUCCUUCUCACCGUCAACGCCCGGCGUCUUUUUCAGCCCGACCACGUCGAGAGGCAAGCCGAGGGCGUACUACAUCACCGUAUAACGCCGAAACCCGGUGACUAAUGGCUCCCCUUUACCUCGAUCGAGCUGACGUUCAACCAACGAACGAAGGAAUCGACCUUUGUCCCAUUUUUCCACUUCUCCCUCCCUCCCUCCCUCUCCUAUCUUCUUUCUCCGUGAUUUUUCUCCCUUCCUCUUUUUUUUGCUACGUACGUACGCGGUGGCUCGCUAAAGUAUUUGAACAAUGUCUCCAGGGAAAUUUGUUUAAUUUUGAAAAUUUUCGAAGAAAAAUUCGCGUGUAAUAUAUAGAGGGGAAAUUUAUUUUUCUUUUUUUUUUUUGGAAAAUCUGUUGAGGAACGAUCAAAUCAAUCUUCAAUGUGAAUUGAUUUGAUUUGGAAGUUUUUCUUACGAUAAGAGAGCAAGUUUAAAAUUUUGCUCCAUUGUUAUAUUUUUAAAAAAAGAGAACUAGAAUUUCGAAGAUCGACUUUGUGUACUUAAAGAAAAAGAAAAAUUGCCCUGUCUACGUGUAAUCCAUCGUACAAGUAAAAUUCUAUUGAGAAAAAUAAAUAAUUGAUGUUUAAUUAUUGGAAAGUAAGAAAAUGUUGAGGAACACUUUAGCGAAUCACUAUGUAAGAUUCGUUCGUACGUUUUCAACGAGCAUCAGGUACUAUCCACCGAUUUUUCGAAUUAUCGUCGAAUCCAGGAGUCGACGAUGAUUUAUGGACCGUGAAGAGUAAUCGACCGAACGAGUUGAAUCGCAGGAACCCUUCGAUAAUUCCACUUGAUCGAUCGGAUAAUUAACUGAAUUUUCCUGGUAUUACAGACAAGCUCUUAAGGAAUUUCACGUUAAAAAUUUUUUUUUUUAGAAUAAUUCGAGAUGACUUUGUUACGAGGAGAAAAGAAUUUUUUAAUGGAUUAAAUCGAAAUAUCCGAUAUUGGGACGAUAUUAAUUUUGUACGUGUUAGUUCAUUAUUUUUUAUUAAGAAUGGAGUUAAGGAGAUUGUUGUAUAUGAAAAAAAAUGAAUACGACUUUUAUUGGAUUAUUAAUUGGAUUUGUACGUACCAUUUAAUUGGUAUCAUUCAAUCUUGAACGAGGAAAAUUGUUGUGUAUUGGUAAUAGAGGGUUAUUAAUUUCGAGGUAUUUAAUUUUAAUUUUCUCACCAUAGACUCGUUGAUAUUAAGAGUGAUUGAAAGUAAAUUAUUCGAACACGAACAUUUAUCGAUUUUCGAAAAUCGUUCGAAUAAUAAUAAUAAUAAUCGUAAUUAACUUAUCCAAAGAUUAUUCUAACUUCAACUCUCUCACUACUUCUUCGCCAAGAAUCUAGAUUAGAAACUAAUCUAACAAUAGGUUAAAAAAAACAACAAUUUCAAUUAAAAUUUUUAUACAAUUUUAGAAAAUCAAAUUUUCUAAGAGAUUUCUUCCAACAAAAAAAAAAAAUCAUUUCUCAUUUUUGUUCAUUUCAUUUCGACUUCUAAUUGUAUGUUAUUGUUAUAUAUUUUCCAAGCAAUAAAAGCUUCCAUUCUAUUUCGAAUACAAUAGAGUCAAUCGGAUAAAGAGAAACUUGGAUUAAUCAAGCUACCGUUUUAAUAAGAAAAUGCGUUAAAUCGCGCUGAAAAUGGCGAUUCAUUCGAACGCGCGAUUUGCAUUAAAAUUGUUCAACCAAUGAAAGGACGUUUCGCUCGAUUAAACUUUCAUUUACUAUUUGCUACUAUCUAUCUAUCUAUCUG